AUGUCGUACAACAACUACGACAACGGGGGCAGCUAUCAGAAUCGGAGCUACGGAGGUGAUGGCGGCGGCCGCGGAGGCGGUUACCACCAGCGCAUCAACGAGGAGGAUGUGCCCGAAUCGAAGCAUACCGUCUUCAUUCGUGGUCUGCCUGGCAGUGUUAGCACGGAGGAGAUUCGAGAUUUUUUCAACGACAAAAUUGGCCCAUGUUCAUUCGAUUUCACGAAAAUCUCGCCGGACCGCAGCCGACUGUUUGUGGCGGUUCGCUUUGAAUCGCGGGAGCAUGCUAGGGAGUGUAUGGAUGAAUACAAAGACCGGGACCUUCUUGGAUACCCCUGUGAGAUGACAUGGUUUCGCGACAUCCGCCGCUACGCCUCCUACCAGGCAGCCCAACAAGCCGCUCUUCGAAGCCGUGGUCGUGCUCGUUAUAGUGGCGGGAUGAAUCGCGGCUAUGAUAGCCGCGGCGGCUACCGCAGAAAUCGCUCACCGGAAGAGGAUUCGGAGGACGAGCGGCGUCGCAAGAAGAAGGAGGAGAAGCGCGCUCGCAAGGCGGCCAAGAAGGAGAAACGUCGCAAGCGCAGCGCCAGCGGUUCUCCAGUUUCCGAAGACGGCUCGGAUCGGGAGCGUUCGAGGAGGGAGAAGAGCCACUCGCGGGUCUCGUCCAAGGAGCCGACGAGGGAACGUUCGGAAUCGCCGCUUCGCGUCGGGGACCCGAAGAUUGGUGGCAACGACAAAGACAUCAAAAUCUCGAUCACGAUGCCGCCGCUGCCGAAUAUUGAACUGCCGCCCCCGGUGCAAUCCGAGACGGCCAAGCAACUCCAGAAUACGAAGAUCCAAUUCGGGCUCGAGGGGGACUCGAAGCCGAUUGUCAAGAACGACUUGCUGAAACAGGACCCGGCGCCGCCGCCCGCCGAAGAACCCAUGGACAUUGAAAAAGAACCCACUCCUCCACCAACGCCAGCCUCGACCCCGGUGUUCACCCCGGUGUCGACACCGGUGCCCAAGCCUGCCCCUGUCGAACGUGUCGCCCCCACACCGCCAGCAGUCGUGGCCCCAACGCCAACACCGCCUAAGCCAGUGUUCCAUUCCCGGCCGGCUCCGCUACAUUCGCACGUGCCAAUGCCGCCGAAGCCAGCGCCAAUCCCACCUCCGCCCCCUCAGGUGCAGCACAUGACCCCGCCGAUGCCGCGAAUGGACGGCGCCGUAAGCGAGCUCGAGCCGGCCAAGGGCCUCCGGGUCCAUUUUGUGCCCACCCGAAAGUACCAGAGCGUCAAGGCCGGUUCAAAGGGCGGCUACACGGCCGUCUUUGGCAACGUCGAGUACAUGCACGACAAAGCGUACGUGCAGGCCAACGGCGAAGAGCGGUGGUAUUGGCGGUGUAUUCGCAAGUUCUGCAAGGCUCGCCUGGUCACAAGUACCGAAGGGGUGAUCCUGAGCUGCCGCAACGAGCACACGCACUGUGAUAUGGCCAAGAAACAGCCAGAACCGAUCAACGUACCCGCCCAACCCCAAAACCACUUCGCCAACAACCCGGCGAUGAUGAUGAUGAUGGGCGACCACCCGGACCUGUUCCAACAGCACUUCAUGCCGCACUUCCCGAACUCGAUGCCCCCAUUCGACCAGUUCGACGUGAAGCCCGAGAUCAACCGGCUGGCCUUCCCGGUCGGGCACCAGGUUCAACCUCAGCAAGCCGGGCCAAGUGGGCACUCGCCGUCGACCAGCUACGAUAUGCCGUUGGCGGAUAUGCUGCUCAACUACUGUGAUGCCGCCAAGCAACAGCCGGCCAACGGGCAGCAAAAGUAUGGGCUGACGGAUCGGCUGCUCGGCAGCAUCAAGGACAUCCAGGGCACCAUCGCCUCCGCCAUCAAGUACGAGCCGCCCGAGGAGGAGGAGGGAGGCACCCUCAAGCUCUCCUCGCUCGCCACCAACGCCGAUGACGAGGACGACGCCGAGAUGAAGAGCCUGGAGCGCGAGCAGCGACUCUCACUCCUCAACCAGAUGCAGAUGGACAAGGUCGAGCUGAAGAAGAAGCAGCUGGAGAAGGCGUUCAAGAGCGACUGCGAAACGUUCAAGAUUGUCACGCUGAAGCUGCUCGGCAAGGACGCCGACCUGGAGAAGCCACUACGGAUUGCGCUUAUGGAGGUGAUGACCGACCUCGAGAAGCAGCUGCUCGAAAAGCUCGACGCGUUCAUCGCCACCGUC